GCCGACCGUAAACACAAUACGAGUUGUUUUUCACAACAUCGAGUUUAACUACCGUGACAUCAGAAAAAAAAAUAUACAUGGACAGCCGGCUAUCUGAUCGUCGUACAGCAAUUCUAUGUAAUCUCAGAGGGUACUGAAAGUGACAAGUUGGUAUAGUCUGUUAGACCGAAGAGCGGUUGUGUAGCGUACCGGCAGACACACAUCGGAUAUUGUUAGAUCUGCACAAGUUAUCAUGCCGAAAGAUAAAAUAGGGAAAGAUAAAGGGAAAUUGGCGACCCACUUUAAAGCUUUUCUUGAUAAAGCCAGAGAAGACUUCUUAAGAAAAUGGGAAAGUCCGUCACAUAAUACAGCCUGUCUGGAUGACUUUGACAGGAAAAAAACGCUAGGUACAGGUUCUUUUGGAAGGGUGAUGUUAGUCCAACAUAAAGCAACACAACAAUACUAUGCUAUGAAGAUUCUUGAUAAACAAAAGGUUGUCAAGUUAAAACAAGUUGAACACACAUUGAAUGAGAAGCGAAUUCUUCAGGCCAUAGAUUUCCCUUUUCUUGUCAAAUUAGAGUACCAUUUUAAGGAUAACUCCAACCUUUAUAUGGUGCUAGAGUUUAUAACAGGAGGUGAAAUGUUUUCCCAUCUAAGGAGAAUUGGUCGAUUUAGUGAGCCUCAUGCUCGAUUCUACGCUGCCCAGAUAGUAUUGGCCUUUGAGUACCUUCAUGCGUUGGAUGUAAUAUAUCGCGACUUAAAGCCAGAGAACUUACUGAUUGACACUCAGGGUUAUAUUUCUGUGACAGAUUUUGGUUUUGCAAAACGUGUUAAAGGCAGGACAUGGACGUUGUGUGGUACUCCAGAAUAUCUAGCACCAGAAAUCAUUCUUAGUAAGGGUUAUAAUAAAGCUGUAGACUGGUGGGCGCUAGGUGUUCUAGUUUAUGAAAUGGCAGCUGGUUAUCCACCUUUUUUUGCAGACCAACCUAUACAAAUCUAUGAAAAGAUUGUUUCAGGCAAGGUUCGCUUCCCCUCUCACUUCAGCUCAGAUUUGAAAGACCUACUUCGAAAUCUUCUACAAGUUGACCUGACGAAACGGUAUGGUAAUUUGAAGAAUGGUGUCAAUGACAUUAAAAAUCACAAAUGGUUUGCCACAACAGAUUGGAUUGCCAUUUAUGAAAAGAAGGUGGAGGCACCAUUCAUACCCAAGUGCAAAGGACCCGGUGACACUAGUAACUUUGAUGACUAUGAAGAAGAAGCAUUUAGGAUUUCAAGCACAGAAAAAUGUGCAAAAGAAUUUGCAGAUUUUUAAGAAAAGCCGCCACAAUUGAGCGGGUUUAAAAAGUGUAAUACUAUUAACUGAUGUUAUAUGCAUUGCAUCUGUCAGAGUUACAGGAAUGAUUAAGGCGCUAUGUGUCAUUGUUAUACAUUGUAAUAAUAAAAACAGUUUAACAAAUAUGAUCCAAUUCAAGUGAUCUGUUUCUGAUCUGAUUCAACUCUGCCACACAUUGAUCUCUAAUUGACACAGUACAUGUGUAAUAUGUGCAAUACUGUAAUUGCCAUUAUCUUAAUAAUAUUUUUUUUGCCUUUGGGGAAAGGCUUUGUUAAUUACUUUGUACAAAAAUAAUCAUUUUAAAGGUUCUUAACAUUGACACAUAGUACUGUGUGCCAGGAAGGAAUUUUUACUUAAAACGUAUAAAAAGAACUGUCAGGUUCGUCUUGUUAGGAGCUCGCGAUGGUUUUGGAAAUUAGAUGAGUUUUAUCUCGUCUCUGUGUUGACAUCUGUUCUUCCAUAUAUCCAUCCCUUAGGCAUAGAGUCAUCGGAUGCAUCAACAACAGUGUAUCUAGUGUCAACUUAUAUUCUCUCUCUCUAUCCAUUGUUUAGUGUUGUAGUUAAUAUAUUGUGAAUAUUUCACCCACCAUUUUUCAUUCCAGUCUGUAUAUAACACUGCUGUCAAAACAAUUGUUCAUUGCCAAUUUAGAUAACACAUUGAACUAGUUUAAUUAAUGUUAAUAGACUUAAAAGUGACAAGUUGUGCUGUUUUUGAAGGUUAAUAUUUAUUAGCUAAACGUAUUCUUGAGAAGCUUGGUCCUUGGCGGGGUUCUCUGCUGAUUUCACCUUGUUGCAUAUUACUGCCGGUGGUAAUAUUUAGAUUUAGAUGUUGGCUAAAACCAUAUGGCACAAUUCUCACUGUCAAUAAAAAGAAGCAAUGUAUCAGUAUACCCCUUAGCUUACCGUACCAUAUACAUAUGGUAUUUAUCUUCUGUCCGUAUCAUUGAAUAUUAUAGAUCCACCAUUUGAAGUUGAACUCGUCCGCAGCUUAUUGCUGGACAAUCAAAAUGUUUCUGAGUUCAGUAUAUGACUGUGAUUGAACCAUUGUACUUGCCAUUUUUGCAGUCUGGGUACAGUCUGACACCGCCCACUGUUACGUAGUAAAAGAGAUCAAGUAGUAAUAAUUUUCUAUUACAAUCUCGGUUGAGUUUCUUGUUUGUUUUCUUAACGGUAGAUGGUUCUACUCGAUACUACCCCCUACACUAUGGGGUUUUAUUCUAAGUGUUCUGUGUGUAUAAUUUUGAAAUUUGCAGGCAUUUUGCUCUGCUCUUUCUUCGUUCUACUCAUGAUCGUCUUUGGUGUUUCUCACCAUGUUAGUGUCAGUCCGUCAUUGUAUCCCAAUUUUUAAUUCAGCACGUCUUACAGACAUAAUUUGUAAGAGAUUAUAAAAAUAAAAACAUCUUAUGU